AUGGCCAACAAUACCACACCAAACCUCGUUGUCCUCGUUGAUGCGGACAAUGCCAUGCCGUCGACGGCAAGGCUCAUACUUGCGGAAGUCGCAAAAUAUGGGACAGUUUAUGUGAAACGGGCCUAUGGUGACUGGACUAGCACCUCUCUAAAGGGCUGGAAAAAAGAACUCCUUAGUCAGUCUAUCCAGCCAUUCCAGCAGUUCGCAUACACCAACGGCAAAAAUUCGACCGACUCCGCUAUGAUCAUCGACGCGAUGGACCUUCUAUAUUCGAACCGUUUCGGCGGUUUCUGCCUCGUCUCUAGCGACAGUGACUUCACUCGGCUGGCUGCUCGUAUUCGCGAAUCUGGUCUAACUGUGUACGGCUUUGGGGAGCAGAAGACACCCAAGCCCUUCGUCGCUGCCUGCAAUAAAUUUAUCUAUACGGAAAACCUUUCGUUCCAUGGGGAACUUGUACCGCAUCCUGAUAGGGUUAUUGUGCCCAAAAAUCAUGUUCCAGCGCGGCACGCCCACGCAGAUGGUCACUUAAAAACUCUGCUUCAUACGACAAUAGAGACGGCCUCUGACGAUGAUGGAUGGGCUGAGCUCUCUAACGUCGGCACGCUACUUACAAAAAAGCACCCUGACUUCGACUCCCGGACCUACGGGUAUAACAAGCUCGGCGACCUAAUAUCUGCUUUAUCUCUGUUUGAUGUUGUUCGACAACUUCCUCGAAAGGGUAAAGCGGGAAAGAUUUACGUACGAGAUAAGCGUCGAGGGCGCAAGGACUCUGCCGCUUCAUCAACAUGA